AUGUCUAACUUAGAGAAUAAGGAGAGUAUGCAUAAUGACAUUAAUACCAUAGAUUUUAUAGAAGCCAGAGCCAAAGAAAUCCAGCAUAUAGAAUCUUCAAUCAAUAAGUCAAGUAAGAAGACCAUGCUAUUUCAGAGAUUACCUUUUUACAAAAGAAGGAGAAACAGAAACUACGACAAAAGAAUGUCACGUAAGUUUACAUACAGAAAGAAGGAUAGACAUUUCUUGAGAACACACACAUUUUAUUCCAAGAGAUUUUUUAUGCUAAAACUGGACACUUCUGAGGACAUUUCAGUGCCAUUUAAAAGACGGUUAAAAAGCAAUAAGUACAUUUACAAAUCGCAGGACCGAGGAUUUGUAUUUGAUGAAAGCUUUAGGGGUGGGUGCUUCUGUGAUAAAAAUGAUUUUGUCAGGAUGCUUGAGCUGGGAAUGAGUGUAAAUGAAUCUAGUCUAUUACAGACCGUGACAGCUUCUACUUCCAAGAGCAGCAAGCCAUCCAAUAUGGGUAUUUUAUCAACUAUGACUAAGGCUCCAAUUCAGCAGCUAUUCAACCACAUUGAUCUGUCAAUACAUGAUAGAGUUCAGAGCAUAUCCAAUUUAUUUGAUAUAAUAGUGACAGCAUCAACCGUCUUCUUUGUUGGUGUUUAUCCUGAGCAUCCAAGUCUCCACUUUUCGCCCCUCGACUGCGUGUUUUCAAUUAUGAAAAACGAGAACCAUGACUUUUCCUAUCUCAAAAACCUUAAAUCUGUCAAAGUUUUCAAAAACAAUAGCAACUCUCUUGAAACUUAUAAAAUCAUCUGCGAUAGGUCGGAGGCUAUGCCCAUCUAUGAAAAGCUCAUUAACAAUAGCAUUAUACCAGUAUGCCUUGAAGAGAUCAAUAGAAUAGCUAUUGAGAAUGAUCAAAUAACGGUAUAUGAUAACCUUAAUUCCGAGAUAUUCAAGAUUAUUGAGAGAUCCAAGAACAAGGAAAUAAUUGAGAAGUACAAUAGAACACCCCCAUCAAAAAGGCAAAGCUAUGAUCUUGAUUUUCUAUUUCUUUCCCAAGACAGUGAAAUAUACCGUAAUUUAAAUCAUCCUGGAAAAAUCAUAUACUGUGUUUUUAGUGUUGUGAAAGGCUCUGUUCACAGAUGUGCUCAGCUCUUUUGUGGUGAAGAGUGCAUUGGACGAGUUGUCAGAAGUGAGUACAAAUUCUCUUCUGGCUGCUGUUAUGGUCUUGGAGUGUUGUAUUCUUGGAAGUGCGAUACUGAAAAGUUUAAUUUUGAAGAAAAGUUUACUUGUAAAAAUCUUUCACAGAAAAAUUUCUAUGAAGUAUCAAUUAAAAAGAUAAUGUUGUGUUGA